GACUACUUCACAUUUCCUGCUCUAACGUGCCCUUCAGUACAUUGACUCAACUCACAUCAUGCGUGUUCUCGUCCUUGGUGCUUCUGGAUUCAUCGGGCUCCCCAUUGCCCAGGCAUUUGUCCGCGCAGGACACAUUGUGUACGGUCUGACACGCUCUCAGCAAAAGGCCAAACAACUUGCCGCCGAAGAAAUUAUUCCUGUCAUCGGCGAGACAUCUAAUCCAUCCGCCUGGCUGACCAUGGUCGCGACGCUCGAUGUGAUCAUCGAUGCCGCCGCGCAGAAGUACCGCCCCGCGCACGCACCUAAACUGACCUACAUCUACACCUCCGGUACAUGGGUGCACGGCGAAAACCGCAAAGACAUCCAGGAGCAGCGCGUCAUUCGCAAUCCGGUCCUCAACGGGAUCGUCAUUCGCCCUGCGCUCCUGUAUGGCCGCUCGGGAUCGCUCCUCGCCCCGCUAUAUGCGCUCAUCCACUGCGACGACCUCGCGGAGAUGUACCUGCUCGCUUCAGAGAAGUCCGCCAUCGCAGCAGGGCAGAUCUUCGAUGCCGCGAACGACUUCACGGAGAACGCCGACGACGUUUUGCACAAGCUGCUGGAAGUCUCCGGGGCCAAGGGACCAUUCGAGUACAUUGAGCCUAGCAACUGUGAGUCCGUUCGAACAGUGCUACUGUACGAGAUCGCAUUGUCCACGACUUCCCUGCUCCGCCCGUACUUGGCUCGCAGCCUACUUGGUUGGCAGCCAUGAAGGCUGGUCUUGUCGACCAUCUAGGCAUCUAUUAUGAUGCGUGGAAGGCAGCGAGGGUUUGUAGAUCGAAAUUCGUUCAGAUGUGUCAAAUAUUCGCUGAUUGAAUGUAUGGACUGGCCUUGCGAUGCGUGUUCGUGUCGAGCACCUGGCUCUUGAAUGUGCGCGCGCCGUAAAUGUGGGAUCCUGAGAGUCAUGGCUGCGUCCGUCCACCAUAAGCUAUCUUCAGCUAUUGUAG